GCGAGGACUUCGCCCCCCUUGUUUGUGCUCGCUUGGGGCAGGGACUGGUUAGAUCCGCGCUCGGGGAAGCCUGCUGGCGGCAGAGGCCAGGAAAACCCCCCCGAGGAUGUGGACCUCCCUGCAGACUGUCACCGAACCGAGCUCCCCCAGGGGGGCCCGGCGUCGAUUCUGGGUUCUGAUUGUAGGGGCAGCCGCUGGAAUCUUCCUCCUGGGCUUCUUCAUCGGCUGGGUGAGUAAGCCCACUGAUCCAUUGCCAGCAACAGGUUCCAACAAGAAAAUGAAGAAAACAUUUCUGACGGAAAUGAAAGCGGAGAACAUCCAGCAAUUUUUACACAAUUUUACUCGGCGUCCUCACUUGGCGGGUACAGAAGAGAACCUACGCCUCGCAGAACAAAUACAAGCCCAGUGGAAGGAAUUUGGCCUGGAUUCAGUCCAUCUGGAUCCGUAUGAUGUUCUGUUGUCUUACCCAAAUGAAACGGAUCCUAACUACGUCUCAAUUGUCGAUGAACAAGGGCAUGAGGUUUUCAACACAUCAUUGUUUGAGCCUCCUCCUCCGGGGUAUGAGGACAUUGGAGAUGUUGUUCCACCCUACAGUGCAUUCUCAGCCCAAGGUGUGAUCGAGGGAGAUCUCGUCUACGUGAACUAUGGCCGCAUAGAGGACUUCUUCAAAUUAGAGCGAGAAAUGGGAAUUAAUUGUUCGGGGAAAAUUGUCAUUGCCAGAUACGGGAAAAUCUUCCGAGGAAAUAAGGUUAAGAACUCCAAGAUGGCUGGAGCCAAAGGUGUUAUUUUAUAUUCCGACCCCGCAGACUCCUGUGCCCCUGGAGUAAAGCCUUACCCAGAUGGCUGGAACCUUCCUGGCGGAGGAGCCCAGCGUGGGAAUGUACUAAAUCUGAAUGGCGCAGGGGAUCCUCUAACCCCAGGGUAUCCAGCCAAAGAGUAUGCUUACCGUUAUGAUGAAGCAGAAGCAGUUGGCCUCCUGAAAAUCCCUGUCCAUCCUAUUGGUUACCAUGAUGCUGAGAAAUUGCUGAAGCAGAUGGGUGGAGCUGCUCCCCCAGAUGACAGCUGGAAAGGAAAUCUCUCCGUGCCUUACAACGUUGGGCCAGGUUUUGUAGAAGGAUCCUCAAAAAGGAAGGUCAAAAUGCACGUUCACAGCUUGAACAAAGUGAUGAGAAUAUACAAUGUGAUUGGGACUCUCCGAGGUGCCAUAGAAACAGACAGGUACGUUAUUCUAGGAGGCCACCGUGACUCAUGGGUGUUUGGGGGAAUUGAUCCUCAGAGCGGAGCUGCUGUCGUUCAUGAGGUUGUAAGGAGCUUUGGAAACCUGAAGCGGAAGGGAUGGAGGCCGAGAAGAACAAUAAUUUUUGCCAGCUGGGAUGCUGAGGAGUUUGGCUUGCUGGGAUCUACUGAGUGGGCUGAGCAAAACGUCAAACUGUUGCAGGAGCGUGCAGUGGCCUACAUCAAUGCUGACUCCUCCGUAGAAGGCAACUACACCCUUCGGGUUGACUGUACCCCCUUGAUGUACAGCCUGGUGUACAAUCUGACUAAAGAGAUACCAAGCCCUGAUGAAGGGUUUGAAGGCAGGUCUCUUUAUGAAAGCUGGUUGAAGAAAAACCCAUGGAAGAAUGUCCCCUGGAUCAACAAGCUCGGCUCUGGCAAUGACUUUGAAGUCUUUUUCCAGAGACUGGGCAUUGCAUCUGGCAGAGCUCGUUACACUAAAAAUUGGAAAGUGGACAAAUUCAGCAGCUACCCAGUUUAUCAUAGUGUCUAUGAGACCUAUGAGAUUGUAAAACAGUUUUAUGACCCCACUUUUAAGAACCACCAGGCUGUGGCACAAGUUCGGGGAGGACUGGUUUUCGAGCUGGCUGACUCCCUCGUCCUUCCUUUCAACUGCCAGGAUUACGCAGAGGCAUUAAAGAGCUAUGCUCGUGUUAUUUACAACAUGACACAGAAACAUCCAACUGAACUGGCAGCAUACAGUGUAUCAUUGGAACCUCUUUUGUCUGCGGUGAAGAAUUUUUCAGAAGCUGCCAAUGACUUUCACAGAAGACUGCAGCUACUGGAUACCAGAAACCCACUUGCAGUGAGAUCUUGCAACGACCAGCUGAUGUUUUUGGAAAGAGCAUUUAUUGAUCCUCUUGGUUUACCUGGCACACCAUUUUAUAGACACGUUAUCUUUGCUCCCAACCGCCACAAUAAGUAUGCUGGAGUAUCAUUUCCAGGAAUCUAUGAUGCCUUGUUUGAUAUCGGCAGUCGGGCAGACCAACGCGAGGCCUGGCGGGAAGUGAAGAGGCAGAUUUCCAUUGCGGCCUACACAGUGCAAGCAGCAGCUGGGACUCUGAGAGAACCGGCAUGAAAAUACUCGAGGCUAGAAGAAGGUGGUUUGACUCUAUGAAACCCUGUUUAGGGUGGAGUCUGGUGACCCUAGAAAUUAUCCUCAUAUGCCUUCUGACUUUGAAGGAAUUAAGAUUCAUCAACAUGCUCUUGCUAAUGAUCUUCAGAUCCUCUGAGGAGACGGAAGGUAAGCAUUCUUCUCCAUUACUGUCUGUAUCAGUGGAAUUCAUUCCCUCUGCAAUCAAGGCACUGGUUUGGAUGACAACCCGAGGAGGAGAUCAAAUACAGUUAACCAUGAAAGAACGAUCUUGACUAUGAACUCAGGCUGGUGUGAAUAAUUAAAGAGUUCUUUUUUGGUAUUCACUUUUCUCUUAAGAACAAUGGAAGUUACAUGAGACUUUGCACAGGAUUAAACCUACUUUUUAAAAUCUUUUAA